AGAAGUGAAGGGGAAUGAGGGUGAAUUUCUUAAGGGUUUCUCCAGCUCCAAUGUACUAGGCUUGUCGGAGGAACUGCAGAAACCCGGGGAAAUGGUGUAACGGGUGUCGAUGUUGUUUUGCUGGAGUUUCUGUUGCUCUUGAGCUCAAGGAGAAACCCCACAGCAAUUCACCCCGUUCGGCUUUUAACAGGUGAUGAACAAAAUGGUUUUGAAUUAUCUUUUUCAAAGUAAUUUGAGAAUCAGAUUCAGAGAAGGCCAAAAGAUAUUGACAAUAUUGAGUCCCAUUGGAGGAAAUUCUCAGUGGGGAAAUAAUUGCCCAAAUCAGCUAUGCCGGCGAUGAGAUGUGUCUGCAGCUUUCACUACAACACAGCCAUGUCCCACUGCACUUUCAGUGUAACUACACGUCGUUGACCUGUAUUCGGGAGGGUUUAUACUUUCUGGGGCUCUGUCAGCUUUUGUUGAAUUGACGUGUACACUUCUCACAAGCUCUGUAGGAUUUAAUUCCGCAACAAGUUGGAAAAACAAAAGCAGGAAUCUCCUUGUGUGUCUGGGGAGAGGGCAGUCUCCGCUGUGACAGGAGUCCUAUCAAUCUGAGGGCGGGCGUGCGGUCACUCCGGGUUAAAACCCGCCCCAGAGGCAGCGCACAGAGCGAAGUGAACACACUGAGAGGAAGUGUUGGAUGCUGAAAGGUAGCUGUGCAUAAGUUCAAAACAAUGGAGGACUUGAGCAAAGCAAAUUGUCAUUUCACUCUUGACCUAUUCAAAAAGCUGAUUGAAAAAAAUCAAGCUGGCAACAUCUUUUUUUCACCAUUCAGUAUCUCCACUGCAUUGGCCAUGGUUUACCUCGGAGCAAAAAAUAAUACUGCAUCUCAAAUGGCAAAGGCUCUCCAUUUUGAUCAAGUUGGAGAUAUCCAUUCUGGAUUCCAGAAAUUGCAACUAGAUAUUAACCGAACUGAUAUUUCAGGUCUGUUAAAAGUGGCCAAUCGACUUUACGGAGAGAAGAGCUUCAACUUCCUAGAAGAAUUCUGUAAAUCCACAGUCAAAUUUUACGGAGCAGAGAUGACUGGAGUUGAUUUCCAAGCUGCUGCAGAUAAAACAAGACAAGAGAUCAAUAAAUGGGUAGGGGCGCAGACUGAGGGUAAGAUCCAAGACUUGCUGACUCAAGGGUCUCUUAACAGUGAUACCAGACUCGUGUUGGUGAAUGCCAUCUACUUCAAAGGAAGCUGGGCUGAGAAGUUUGAUGAACGAAACACAAAGGAGAUGCCAUUCAGACUGAAUAAGAAUGAAAGCAAGCCAGUGAAAAUGAUGUCCCAAGAGGAGGAGUUUCUUUUCUGUCACAAUCCUGAAUUGAAAAUCAAAGUUCUUGAGCUUCCAUAUGUUGGUAAUGACCUAAGCAUAAUUAUCUUGUUGCCAGAUGAUAUCAUGGAUGAUUCUGCAGGUCUCAAGCAGCUGGAGAAGGCACUUACUUUCGAAAAGCUGCAAGAAUGGACACAUCCGAACCGAAUGCGAAAGAUGAAUGUUCAUGUUCGUCUGCCCAAAUUUAAACUGGAAGAUGAGUAUGAGCUCAGCUCGCCCCUGUCCAGCUUAGGCAUGCGGGAUCUUUUUGAUGAUUCGAGGGCUGAUCUAUCUGGAAUGACUGGAGCUCGUAACCUAUCCGUGUCCAAAGUUGUACACAAGUCUUUUGUGGAGGUGAAUGAAGAAGGAACUGAAGCAGCAGCUGCUACAGCGAUGGUCAUCAGAUUUCAGGGCUAUAACGUGCCGCAGAGAUUCAUUGCUGAUCAUCCCUUCCUCUUUUUCAUCAGGCACAACAAAUCAAAUAACAUUCUGUUCUUUGGUAGAUACAUGUCUCCCUGAACACUCCUUGUUAAUGCUGCAUGCGAAAACUUGAAAGUAAAAUGUUGCAAUGCUUGAUCAGUAAAUGCAAAGGAAUAAUCCUAAUCCUAAUUACAAAUAUAUAAAAUUAAUUUAUAAAAUAUAUAAAAGUAAUUUCAUCACUUGUGAAAACUUCUGAUUUACAAAAUCUUCUUUGAAAUAAAAUCUACCAUUUGAAAUGAAUAGAAAA